AUUGCGCCGCUAAAUACACAAAUUAUGAAUUGUGCAACAACUGAAUGCAAGCAGCUCACGCGUUUCUCUAUAUAUUCAAAGCCAGCGCUUGGGCUGUGCUCACCGUUGUAUCGAGCCAAAAAGUAAACGUUAGUUUAAUUUGACCAGUUGUACGAAACAGUCAACAACAACAACAACAACAAUUGGAACCCAAAAUGGAGCAAUGGAACAAUGUGGAGCUGACGAGCAUUACCAAAAAGUCGUACACACUGAAUCACGACUACGAUGGCGCCGAAAGGCUUAACAAGGUCAACGAGACGACGGGCACGGCGGGCACGGAGGACACGGCAACAAAUGGCAAUGGCAACGGCAACGUCAGCAAUCCGCCGGAGAGCAAUGUUGUGCUGCAGCCCGGCUCGGAUAUCAAGCCCAAAAUGCAGCCGGAGCAUGUGGAGCCGCUGGUGCGACGUCUCUACGGCAUCACCAUCAGCGAGCUGAAGGAGCUGAAUGCCUACGAUGAUCGCAACUAUCUGAUACAGGAAGAUUGCAAUGUUAAGAAUCCGCUGAUUGUGUCGCACAGCGUUCAUGGUUAUGUGCUGAAAAUUCUCAACGCUUUGGAUUCAAAAAAGGAGGAAUUUGUGGACGCCCAAAAUCAACUGCUGCUCUACUUGGUCAAACAGCACGUGCAUUGUCCCCGACCCAUCGCCAAUGCACGUGGCAAAUAUUAUUCUGUGGAACAGAUCGGUGGCAAUGCACAUGUGGUACGCCUUUUGGAGUUUAUUCCUGGAAAAAUGUUCCACGAGGUGCCGGUGACCAAAAAUUUGCUCUAUCAGAGCGGCGAAUAUUUGGCCAAGUUGGAUCGUGCGCUGAAAAACUUUACGCAUAAGGCCUACGAUACGCACAAGACGCUCUGGAUGCUGCAAUCGGUGCCACAGUUACGCGAUUUUCUCUACGCUCUCGAGGAUCACCAGCGCAGGGCGCUGUGUGAGGAAAUCAUCGAUGCAUUCGAGUCAAAAGUGCUGAGCAUGCUGUCCACAAUGGAGCUGCAGAUCAUACACGGCGAUUACAAUGAGCAGAAUAUCGUGGUCAAUGCGCCGACGGCAGACACUGAGCGUCCAGAUUCGUAUCGGGUCUCUGGAGUCAUUGAUUUUGGCGACACCAGCCGUUCGCCGCUGAUCUUCGAGCUGGGCAUUGCCAUGAGCUAUAUGAUGUUGCAAGCCAAGGAUUUGGCCAGUGGCGGCAUCUUUCUAGCCGGCUACACCAGCAUUCAGUCAAUUAGCGCCGCGGAUCGUGACUAUCUAAAGUAUUGUGUGGCCGCACGGCUCGCCCAGAGUCUCAUCAUGGGCGCCUACACGCACACGCUGCAUCCGAGCAAUGAUUAUGUGCUGGUCACCCAGGCACAGGGCUGGCUGCUUCUCGAGCAGCUCUGGCGCGAGAGCAUGGACUCAAUUGAUGAACUAUGGGCGACUACGGCACACCAGUAUCUCACACAGAGCACCAAAUAGGCCCAGAGCUGAAUCCUUCCGUCCGCAACUAAACUUUGGUCAAUUAGUAUUUUCAAUUAUGAGCGAAAAACAAAAAAACAAAACAAACUGUCUAGGUUGAUGUAUUGAAAAUUUCGCAUUUUACUUUAUUUGUAUAUGUAUUAUUAUUAUUAUAUAAACUUUCAUAAUUUACAUUAAAACUUGUUAAACAGUUAAAU